AUGGAGACUCAGAACCUAUAUACCGCUUCUGAUUACAUUAAUAAUUUAUUACUUGCUCGAGGGUUACUUCGCAAUGGGAAACCGAUCGAUUUUGCGCAGCCGGAGAGCGCACCUGGGGGCACUCACGACACCAUGUCAAGAGUCAUAAACCUUGUUCAUGAUCUUGUUUUGAGGAGAGAUCGCGAGGCAGAACAAAAGGAGAACCUGGCAACAACCAUCAAAGCAUUACGACAGACAGAAGCGAAGCAAACACUUGAAAUUGAACGACUUCAAGCCAAAACAACGGAUUUGUCUCGAUUGUUGGCCCUUGCAGAAGGUCAGGAGCGCGCGCUCAAAGCGACUAUCCAGAGCGCAGAAACUACAAACAGAGGGCUGAAAGAACAGGUACAGCGCAUGAAGACCUCUAUUCAGCAUAUUAGAAGCCAGUGUACGACGGAUAUUCGGAAACGAGAUGUUGAGCUCCAAAGACUUAAAUUGCAUCUUACUGACCGGCAAAGAGGCAAGCGAGAGGGACUUGGGGUAACAACAAUAACAAUAACGCCCAUGCCGAAAGCCAGUACGGGCCGGAAGGCAUUAGAAGGUGGAGAAGGCCUGGAAAGCGCUGGAUAUAGUCUCAAGCAAGAGACGACUGAAUUCCUAACCAAUCUAUGUCAAGAACUCAGUGACGAGAAUGACGCAAUGAUUGGCAUUGUGAAAAAUACACUUCAAACACUACGGAGCUUGCAGGGUCUGUCGGAUUUACCGGAAAAGGACUUCCAUGAACAAGAUAUGCUUGGUUCCAGAGCUUGUGAAGGUAGCAGCUUCGAGACCUCAGCUGUGGAACUCACUCCUCAAUACGAAAAACUCUCCGCGGAAAUGGACUUGGUGCUCGAGCAACUUAGGUCGCUGCUCACUAAUCCCUCGUUUGUACCUUUAGAGGAAGUUGAAGUACGAGACAAUGAAAUAUAUAGGUUGAGAGACGGCUGGGAAAAGAUGGAAGAACGAUGGAAGGAGGCCGUUUCAAUGAUGGAUUCAUGGCACAAACGAAUGGCUCAGGGAGGACUGUCGGUUAAUAUUGAUGAACUCAAGCAAGGAAUGGGACUUGGGCUAGGGAUUGAUAAACCCAAACGUGGUAGACCUGAGCCACAAGGAAGCUUUGGCCUGUCAAUAUAUAACGAAAACGACACUGAGGGAAUGGGGAAAGGCAACUCUAACGUCCAAGGAAACACAAACCCUACCGAUGUGCCCAUGGCGAGUCCAGCAAAGACCAUGGACCAUCGUCGUAUUCUUGGCGAAGGAACUGGAAAUGCAUCCCGAAAAAUAUCCGCUCGGCGUUCCAGGAGAAGUUCGAAAGACGGUUCGGAAUAUAGCGAUGAUGAGCUUGCUCUGUCGACUAAAUCGAAAGCGGCGCAGUAUACCCAGAAGAAAACCCAGGGGGUUGUUGAAUCGAAAAUUCCUAAGCACAAAAUAAAAUCAAGAUCACGGAUGUCGACUACUGAAAAACUCGCCAAUGUUGAAUCAGAAGCCAAAGAAGCAGAAGCAGAACGCAAGAAGAGCGAAAGAAGAAAGAGAAGUAAUUCGUCAAUACGAUCAAAUGCGAAGACAACACGUCGAAAAAGUACAUUAACGCCCCAAGAGUUGGAAGAUCUACUCCGCGCUGGUGUCUAAAUUUAAAGGGAGAGAUCUCAUUCGACAUUACUCAAUAGCCGAAUCAUUUUCUUUCACUUUCAAAGCAAUAUUUUUCUCUUGUGUAUAAAUGGAAGCUCUCGGAAGUUACCUCGUGGUGAUGGACAUCACCGAGUUCUGUGGGUGGGUUAAUCGCAUUCACAAUGUCGUCAUGCUUCUGAAGGAAAGAUUGAAAGCAUCCAUGACGACUUCAGUCAUUCAAUUCUGUUUCGUUCGCUGAGAUGGGUCAGAGAAAACUCGUCACUUCUCACAAAUACCUAUAUCGAACACUUAAGGAAAGCUAGAGUUUGGUCUUGUACAUUACAUUUACUUAUCGACUAACAUAACAUUGAAAAUAAUACUGAAGAUUUCCAAAAUUUGGUAAUUUCAGGGGUACAAAUACUAUUUUCUGUUCCAGAUUGAAGCGAAUUUCACCUAGUUCGGCCUAUAAAUAAUCGUCCAGGUUGAGCUAUUUAAAUAACCGUGCGGCCGACAAUUAAUACUGGACCGACGCCCGCUUCAGAAGACGCUGGUUUAAAUUGGUUUCAUUGUACGAGCACCGCAAUUGUGAGCUAUGAAUAUCGCAGAGCAUUUCCCGCAAGAUUUGAUCCGUGAUCUCAACGACUUCUAUGAGGAACAAUGACGGUACAUCUCCAUUUUUCAAGGUUAGCAGCAUGAAGAGCCAUGCGAACAAUGCCAAACAAGCUAGGUAAGUUAAAGGUCAAUUUGGAAAGUUUCACUCAAAUUCCCCGCAUGUUCCCGUUUGAUGUUUGUCGUGGCAUCCAUCAUUGCUUGCACUUCUCGAAAUGUGCCGUCUGAAGAAAAUUACGGCAUGGACGUUUUGUAGCACAACACGGCAUAAUCAGCUGGAUCUGCUUUCUUCUCAUAAUUAGCUAAAUAACCUUGGCACUGGAAAUAUAGAUUUCUAAUGUUAAUUUAAGCCUGGAAAAUAAUAAAUGUACUUUGGUCUCC